AUGUACCACGCACUGCUAUCCUCCCUGCUCUUGCCAUUGGCAGCUGGUCUCCCUCCUUUUCUCAAGGAAGACAUGCAUCCUACGUCGACCGAACCUUUGGCUCAAGGCCAGAAGUGGGUCGAGCUGGCCCAAUUCGACUUUGACGACUACAACCUCACUGGUAUCACUCUGGACUGCAACAGAGAGACAAUGGAUGAGAACUACCAAUUCCACUGGUAUGAUCCCAACUAUGACGAAACAAUGGAUUGCAAUACCACCAUCGAGUGGGAUGGCGUUGCCAUUCCGCAAAGCCUCAACAGUAAUCCCAGCACAGGCUUCAUCCUCUGCCAGCCUGGUAAUUGGUGGCAAUUCAAGUUGGACGUGGUUCGUUCAUUGUGGGACUUCAACAUGACCAUUACCAAGGACCACAAGGACGCCCAAAGAUUUGGCACGUUUCUUGCGCAGUUCUUCUCGUAUCCAAACAUCACCAUGGUCAAGAUGGGAGAGUCGGAUUUCCGCAGCGUCGUGUACUCAACCACAGGACCUGUAAUGGCCAAGAUCCAAGGCUUGGUGAUGUGA